UUGUGCUCAUAAGUUUGCAUACCCUGGCAGAAAUUGUGAUAUUUUGGCAUUGGUUUUGAAAAUAUGACUGAUCAUGCUAAAAAACUUUUUAUAAAAGAUGUCUUUUAUUUAAGGAUAGUGAUCAUAUGAAGCCAUUUAUUAUCACAUAGUUGUUUGGCUCCUUUUAAAAUCAUAAUGAUACCCAAAUGGCCCUGAUAAAAACUUUACAUAACCUUGAAUGUGUAGCCUUGUUAUAGACCCACAAGGUGACAAACACAGGUGAAAAUGACUAUUAAAGGUGAUUUUCCCACACCUGUGGCUAUUUAAAUUGCAAUUACUGACUGCGUAUAACAGGGUAUCCGCGGGGUCUUGAAAAGUGUUAAAAGGUGAUAAAUCAAUUUUGGGAAAAUUAAGACCCUUAAAAAGUAUUAAAAAGUCUUAUCACGGCUUUAUAAAGUCUUACAUUUUGAAAGUAUUUUUUCUGAAUUAGCUGUCCAACAGAGUCCCAAAAACAUUGUAAAAGUGUGUGAAUUUAGUCAUGUUUAUUAAAAAAAAUUAACAGGUACAUAAAAAACUAGGCUAUUGUGGGUGCGUUCGUAAAUUGCCUCUGAGAGCACCAGAGCGGGCAGGCGGGCGGAAGUUCAAAAGCACAAUGUACGCUCUGGCGUUCCCGAAAUGUUUUAAGAGAAGGUUGGUGAACGCAUGAACAGAAUGGGGAAGUGCAAAUUUGCAGCGUCCUGGCUGGAAAUGCUGGACUUCAAAGAGUGGCUGCAGCCAGUCGAGGGGAAUGUCAUGGAGGCAUAUUGUACAUUAUGCAAGAAAAAAAUAAGUAUUGUGUCAAUGGGCAUUAACUCGUUAAAGUCCCACAUGUGUUGGGCUAGCCACAAAGCCGCUUCUAGCCGCCGAGAGCGGCAGCUCUCCAUCGCUAGCUUCUGUGGUAAUCGCGUUGCACCACCACAACCUAGUGCCAACGCCGUUACACCACCGGCAGUCGCACCUGAAGCUACAGCUACGACCCGGGCUGUCUCUGCUUCCUCAUCUUCUGCAGCCGACAUCAGAGUGGCUCUAGGCGGCACAGCAACACUGCGUGCUGAGGUGUUGUGGUGUCUCCACACAGCUGAGAAACACCAUUCACUGAACUCAAACGAAAAUCUGGCUGAAGUUUUCAAGGCUAUGUUUCCAGAUUCGGAUAUAGCAAAGUUGUUCACUUGUGGCAAGGACAAAACUGGAUACAUCAUACGAUUCGGGUUAGCCCCACACUUCAAGCAGGAGCUCAUCAACACCAUCAACAAGGCUGGCCAGUUUGUGUUAAUGUUUGACGAGUCCCUCAACCAGUCAACAAAAACGAAACAGCUUCAUGUGCACAUUCGAUUCUGGGAAGAUGACCGUGUCCAAUCUAGGUACCUUGGCUCUCAAUUCUUGGGACACGCUGUCGACCUGUUGCAUCACAUCAAAGGUCCUAAAGGGGAAAAUGUUGGCUCAAUCACCCAGCCUUUACCAAGCAACUACCUGAUCUUCCGAGCUGCCUCCGAGUCAGAUGGUCGUUGUUGGAUGGACGCUCUGGAGCUGGCUUUGAGCUGCUCCAGCCUCUACAAGUUGACUGCCAAAACAGGGAAAGACGGAGACAUCAGCAGCUCCUCAGAGUCCUCCCAUAUACUGCAGUUACUGCAGUCGACUGCCCUCACUGACACAGAGUUACUGCAUUUGGCCAACCAACACAUGGAGAAUGACGGCUACUCUGAGAAAUCAGAACACGAUGCGCAGGAAGAUUGGGACAAUGGGGCCAAUGAGAAUGGUGGGCGGCUGACUGAGGAAAGCGACAUGGACCAAUCGGACGAGCUGUCUCCAGGGCUGCAGGCCACAGCUUACGUUGAGCAGUGUCAGGAGGAGAUAGGCGAGGCUGGCGAAGCGUCUCAAGUGGAGACAGUGUCUGAGGAGAACAAAGGCUUGAUCUGGACCCUGUUGAAGCAGCUUCGGCCUGGCAUGGACCUGUCAAAAGUGGUCCUGCCAACUUUCAUCCUGGAGCCACGCUCUUUCCUGGACAAGCUGUCUGACUACUACUACCACGCUAAUCUUCUGUCAGAGGCUGCAAGAGAGGAAAGUGCGUACGGCAGAAUAAAACAGGUUGUGCGCUGGUACCUCUCUGGCUUCUACAAGAAGCCCAAGGGUCUGAAGAAGCCCUAUAACCCCAUCUUAGGAGAGACGUUUCGCUGUUGCUGGCUCCAUCCUCAGACGGACAGCUGUACCUUCUACAUAGCAGAGCAGAUCUCCCAUCAUCCUCCAAUUUCAGCUUUUUACGUCUGCAACAAGAAGGAUGGUUUUUGUAUCAGCGGCAGCAUAUUGGCCAAAUCAAAGUUUUAUGGGAACUCUCUCUCUGCCAUACUGGACGGUCGGGCCAGGCUCAUGUUGCUGGGCCGGGAUGAGGAAUAUGUCAUCACCAUGCCUUACGCGCACUGUAAAGGGAUUCUGUAUGGCACCAUGACACUGGAGCUGGGAGGGAAGAUCACUAUUGAGUGUGACAACACCAAAUAUCUUGCAGAAUUAGAGUUCAAGUUGAAGCCCUUCCUGGGAGGCCCCAGCAGUGUCAAUGUGAUCUCUGGUAAGAUCCAACAUGGAGAUGAUGUGCUGGCCACACUGGAUGGACACUGGGAUGGUGAGGUGUUCCUGCAGGAAAAGAAGUCAGGACAGCAGGAGAUUCUGUGGAACCCCACUCCAGAGGUCCGCAAAACCCGGCUGAGGAGGCAGGUGGUAAGACUGGACCAGCAAGGCCAGUUUGAGUCAGAGAGGCUGUGGCAGGAUGUGACCGGCGCCAUAUUGGACCGGGACCAGAACCGGGCCACCCAGGAGAAAUUUGUUCUGGAAGAGGCGCAGAGGAAUGAGGCCAAGGAGAGAGGAGACAAACCCUGGAUCCCCAGACUUUUCAACCUGGACCCGGUCACCAACGAAUGGACCUACACACACAUAGACACAAGGCCAUGGGACCCUGAACACUGUCUGGUCCAGUUCGAGAAGCACGGUGUGAUCCAGACCAAGGAGCGAACCCAGGGGAAACACAAAGGACUGCCGUACAGCCGCGCCGCGGCCUGGGCCAGCCAACAGAAGGCUCAGGUGAAUGGGAAACACAGGAAGGGCAGCAGCCAGCCAUCCAGCUGCAGCCAAAACACUGAGAGCAGCAGUACUACACCUGAGCCUACACACGAGUCCUCUGAUAACGAAGGGUACCUGGCCCAGUGUGCACGGUGCAACAAGGAAGUGAAGGACAUUGCCCUCAUUGAGGCGUCCAUCACGUCCCUGCAGAAGACACAGCAAGACAUCCAGAGGAACCUGACUGCGCUGGAUCGUCAGCUGGGCCGUCACCGGGAGACAGCGGACAAUGCCAAGCUAACGGGACGCCACUGUCUCAUCCUGUGCGUCCUCCUGCUCUCCCAACUCUUCCUAAACUACAUCUUCACCUGACUGAACACCUGCGAAAGGUGAAGUCAGUCCCUCCACUCCCCAGCCAGGCACAGAUCUAGGACCAGCUUAGCACUCCCCCGUUAAGACUUAAAGACAGAGACAAAGAAGACUCCAACACCCGCCACAGACCGCCAUCUGGGGGGUUUGUCUUCGUUCUGUUCUAUCGAGAUAGGAGGAUGAGGGGGUCGUGGGGAGGGGGCAGGGGGGCAAAUGGGGCACAGUCGCCAUAGCAAUAAACACAACCACAACCACCAAUCACCUGACAGCCAGAGAGGAACAGAGCACUUUCUCCAGAGCAGCCAGACCGCACUGCACCCAUGCACUUUGGAGGGAAUAAUGAAGAUAAAAAACAUGGACUCACUGUGGGUUUGUUUUUGAAUAAAAGAAAAUAAGCUGUUUUAAAAGGAUGGAUGAUGAUGAUAAGUUUGAUGGUUGUUGAGCGAACAAGAGAGCAUAUUCGGACCUGUCUAUUGUUAACUGAUGUAUUACACUACCCCCCUGUGUGUGCGUCUGUGUGUUUGUGCGUGUGUCUGUGUCUGUGCACGUGUCUGUGUGUGCGCAGUAAGCCCCUAUGGGGAGCAGAUUGACUACAACUUGGACUCUAACCCUCCCAUUCCACUACAACCUUUGAGCCUGUGACGUUAGAGCCAAAAAGAAGAAAAAACAUUGAGAACGCAAGAUCGAAGGGGGGGGACUUCCAACCAGUGCAAUUAUGUAUUUUUGCGUAGGUGUGUGUGUUCAUCCAAGCAUCUUUUAAUAAGAAGAAUUUUAACUAAAACAGUAUUUAUAAGCUGAAGGUUAAGAGUACUUGUUUACAGUGGUGUAUAAUUAUGCCAACAUGUAUUAACAAAUGGUAGCUAGAUUAAGAGGUAUGUUAGAAAGCCAAAUUGGUGUGGGUGAAAAAUAAGAGUGGGACUGAGCAAAUUCUGUUGUUGCAUAAUCGGGUUGUCAAUGGGUUCGUGUUAGUUAAGGACUACGGGCGCAUUGUUUGGAAGUACUGCUUUAGUAGACACGUAAUGUUUUUUGGGGGUAUCUGUACACCCAUAUGUUAUACAUACACACACAUACACUCACCAAAAGGAUUAUUAGGAACACCUGUUCAA